AUGGAGAUGAGGUUCAGCUCGGAUCUCGACCCAGUUUUGCUCAAGUCCAAGUCCAAAGACCCGGCCAAGAAUCAAGCCCUGAAGAGUCCCGGUGUGGACCCCGGUCUGGACUCAGGUCUGGACUCGGGUCUGGACUCGGGUCUAGACCGGGAUCGUGGUUUGAACAGCAGUGGCUCAGUGGAUCCAGAAUACUGCCGCCGCAUCCUGGUCCGAGACGCUAAGGGUUCGAUCCGGGAGAUAAUCCUGCCCAAAGGCCUGGACCUGGACCGGCCUAAGCGGACUCGGACCUCCUUCACAGCAGAGCAGCUGUACCGUUUGGAGAUGGAGUUCCAGAGGUGUCAGUAUGUGGUGGGACGAGAGAGAACUGAACUCGCCAGACAGCUCAACCUAUCAGAGACCCAGGUUAAGGUUUGGUUCCAGAACCGCAGGACUAAACAGAAGAAGGACCAGGGCAAGGACUCAGAGCUGAGGUCAGUGUCCGAGACAGCAGCAACCUGCAGUGUCCUGCGUCUGCUGGAACAAGGCCGUUUACUGACCCCAGGCCUGACCCCAGGUCUGACCCCAGGACUGACCCCGGCACUACUGCCCCACUGUGGCGCCUCAUCUGUGGGCUCCGCGCUCCGGCAGCACUCCCUCUCGCUCCACACCGGGUCUAACUCUCCAGCAGGGGGCAGUCCUCCGCGGCCCACCUCUGCCUCGGCUCCACCCACCGCUCAUGGCCUGUUUGGUUUCCCCGUGCCCUCCCUACUUGGGGGCGUGGCUUCUCGGAUCUCCGCCCCUCUGUCUUUGGCAGGUAACCUCCACGAGCUAUCGGCGCGAUACCUAAGCUCAUCUGCGUUUGAGCCGUACUCCAGAGGGGGCAGUAAGGAAGGGGACAAGAAGGGGCUCGACUGA